CCCCCGCGCCGACACAAGAUGGAAGAGGGCAACAGCUGCAGGAGAACAAUGUUUUGGCAGUAAACGCUAAAAGAACCGUGUGUUUGGGGUUCAUUUAGACAUUAACGACAUGCACAGAUGCUGAGUCGCGGAAUCAAAUCCUCAUCAAAAUCGGGCUGGUUGGGACGCUAAUACAAUGAACGUUUCAUUAAAGUGCGUCUCAUCUUUUGAGCUGAACGACCGUUGCCGUGUCGAGGAACCAAACAUGAGUAUUAUUCAGGACAAGCUAGGCAACGAAUUUCUGCGCAACGGCAGCAUGGACCCCAACUAUGCCCCCAGCAUGAUCAUGCUCAGUCAUUUACCUCCAGUCACCAGCUUUACACGGCUCACCUCGCAACCAAUGGUGACCGAUUUGCCGCAAGAGAUGGUCCUGAAGAAGGAGAGGGAUUCUCCGGAACAUGGUGGCAGUUUUCUGCACAGCAUGGGCAUAAAGCAGGAGAAGUUCAACGAGCUUGACUACCGCGUCCCACUGUAUGGAACAGGCCUGGGAACAGGAGGAGGAAAGAGUUCAGAUAUGCUGGACAUUUCACUUGGAAGCCACCAGAACAUGCUUUUGCAUGAUGUCAACAUCAACAGUCAUCUUUCUGGAAGAUUAGGAAAAGAUCCAAAAGACUCCACACACAGAAAAGGACGGAGGGCAAAUGGGGAGGGAACAGAAGGCAGAGGCAGAAGGAAGCGGGGGGAUUCCACAAAGUCAAUGAUGCUGGAUGGGGAGGGAGGACCCCUUUCUCCCAGCUCCAAGCCGCACAUAUGUGAACACUGCAGUGCCGCUUUUCGUAGCUCCUACCACCUGCGCAGACAUGUGCUCAUUCACACAGGUGAGAGGCCAUUUAGGUGCAGUCAAUGUAACAUGAGCUUCAUUCAGAAGUAUCUGCUGCAGCGGCACGAAAAGAUCCAUAGCGGGGAAAAGCCGUUUAGCUGUGACCAGUGUAAUAUGCGCUUCAUUCAGAAAUACCAUAUGGAGCGACAUAAAAGGACUCACAGUGGAGAAAAGCCAUAUAAAUGUGACACUUGUCAACAGUAUUUCUCUCGUACUGAUCGUUUACUGAAGCACAAGAGAACCUGUGGAGAAGCCAUAAAGAAAGGUCUGGAUCCAGGGAUGCUAGACCUUGGAGAUGAAGACCUGGGACAAGGCAGCUACCUACAUACUCAGGGAAAUGCCAGCGCACCACCACGUAAGAGAGGCAAGUCUAAGAACAGUGGGGAGGGUGGAGAGCGGCGGAGAAAAAAGACAGCUUCGGGGGCAGGCCAAAUGGUCGGCCUGCAAGACUACACCAUGGACUUGGCCGCUGGCUCCGGGGCGUCCGCUUCAGGGGUGGGAAACAUGGCAGACACCAGCAUGGCAAACCAGCAGGUUCGCACUCCCAAGCUUGCCUUUAAGAAAAGUGGCCGAAAGGGUGUGGACAAGAGCCUGCUGUCAUUAGGUGAGGCCGGUUCAACCUCAGCUGUCCAUGAUCAGAAACUGUUACCUCCUAAAUCCAAUCCAAUGGACCUGCCUGGAGCAGGAGGUAUGGACAGUCUAGGCCUACUUCAGGGUUCCUCAGAUUCUAAGCAAGGUGGCACGAGCAGCAACUACGACGACGCCAUGCAGUUUCUGAAGAAAAGGAGGUACUUGCAUGCGGCGAACAGCGGUGGUGGUGACUACAGCCCGGUCCACCUUCCACCUCAGCAGACGGUUAUUCAGGGCGGCAUUGGUGAACCCACACUAGCAUUACUGGACACAUCACCUCUGGUCAGUGUUGACCACAAGCAUGACAAGUCAGGAAUUCCAGACGAGGUACUGCAGAGCCUGCUGGAUCAUUACUCCCAUAAAAGUGAUGUGACUUUUGAUCUCUCAGAUACUCACCAUGUGGAGCUGCAUGCUGCUUCAGCAACCCCUGAGCUGGGAGCAGAUGAAAGCUCUUCAAAUGGCUCAGCCGACAAGAGCGGCGUCAUGAAUGAGUAUUCAAAAUUCCUGCUGCAAACACUGGAGAGGACGAGUCAUAGCAGUAGUGGCAUCUUUACAUUCUUCCCGGAGAAGCACAUGUAUGCUACAUCUCCUCUGGAAUGUACCUUUGGCCAGUCCAUCUCCUCCCCUCAUGGUCCCUCAUCUGCUUCUGUGCUACCAAAGCCCCACUUCAGCAUGCUGGUGGGCUCCCAUUCUUCCUCCCACUCCUCGCCGUCUUCCCAGCAGGCCUUUCACCUGAGUUCCCUGGAGACCUCUGCCCACCAGCAGCUUACACCGUCUCAAGAGCUCACUGAGCAGUUGGACACCCAGGAGCUUGCCAAUGGGCAGAAGGAUCAGCAGGUCAAGAAUGGCAUUGCCACAAGUGCAAACACUACCAGCAGUGGCUCCACUUCUGUCUAUUCUUUGUCAUCUCCUCCUGAUCUGACGGCCCUGGAACCAUCGAAGGAAGUGGACAUGCGCCCCACCUUUCAGAUCGAAAACUUCGCUCAGGCAUUCGGUUCCCAGUUUAAAUCCGAGCGCCGGACCCCACUGGCGUACAGUGCUGACCCCCAGAUCGUCAUAGUCGAGGUCGACCCCCGAAUAUCACGGACUCCUGUGUCAGAAUUCUCAGGGUAUACCAGUCUGUUAGCUGAUGUAAAUGAGCCAGCUAGCUCAGGAACCAAAACCCCCACAAGCCAAAGCUACAGGUAAAGGUUUUGGAUUCAGCCUCACUCUCCAGUUUGGGACAAGAACUUUUCCCAAUGCCCUCAAACCCAAUUCCCCCUUUUUUUAAAGCAAGAUGAAAUAUUAAUUAUUACACUGCCAUUAAUUGUUAAUACUCUACCAGGGAAGGUCUACCCGACCUCAAAUGCAAUUUUUUGAUAUUAUUCUUUUUUUAAUAUGUCUUUUAGUUUCUCGUUUUAUUAGUGUAGUCAUUUCUGUGAUUAGAGGCUAGAUAAUGACUGGCUUGACUUUUCAUAAACCCUGUGUUUUAGCAAUCAGGUUAGAAUUGUAAAAUAGAUGAAGAUGGUCUAUAGUAAUAACUAUUGUCAGGGUGUGGCCCAGUAUUCAGUGGCAGAAAAUGUCAGCCUUUUGUCUGUUACAAUAAUUGAAAGUAUUACUCAGGAAAAAAAGCGUUUUUAAAUAAUUAGGUGCAAAUAGCACUGUUUGUGUCGUGUUUUUUUUUUUUUUUUUUUUUUUUGGCAAGUUUAGUUUAAAACUACAAUGAAUAUUGUUUUCUGAAGUUCCUUGAGGAAAAAAAAAAUCAAAUCCAUGCUCAGUCUACCUGUUCAGCUGAUCACACUGGUGAAUCUUUCCACUACUUGUACAUAUGCAGAGAUUAUGGUACUUUGUCAAUGUGAAAAUACUUUAAUCACUAAAGGACAGUAAUAAGACACGGUCACAGUUUGACAUACACAGACUUGGUCCUGUGCAAAUGCUCAUGGAAAUCUCUGCUUACAUGUAUGUGUUUUAUUAUUAUUAUUUUUUAGUAGCAUACAUUCACAGCUACUGAAAUGUGGCCUCAGGGUUUGUCUUACACAGGCCGGUUUAUACUUCUGCAUCUGUGAAUCUGUAAAAGUGUCAGGGUGUCCUGUAAAACCAUUCGCUUAGGGGUUUACCACUACAGUAGAGGGCAGUGUUGCAUGUAGCAUAUCAGAAUGUUGUAAACUCAAAUCGAAGAGGAGAGACUUGUGCUUCACUGUAGAAGAACUUAAAGUACUGGAGUUGGUUGGGAAGAAUUUAGUUUUUACAUUCUACUUGAUGAUUAUUGGCAAUAUUUUGCUGAAAUCUUUAAAAAAUUGUUUCCGGGGUUAUUCAUUUGGUCAAUAAACCUGUCCAGUGUUUUGGCGCCUCUUUUCUCUAAUUCAUUGUCCCAUUUUUUUAUUUUAUUUUUUUUAAAACAAAGCUGUUUGGGUUUCUGCUUUGUACAUUACCUAAACCGCUUUUCUGCUCAGCCGAUCAGCGCAGUGCACAGCAGAUUGUCACGAGCCAUGCCAGUUCCCCUUAAGCUACACUUAACCAUGAACUAUCAUUUGUUGCCUCAAAACUUUGCAGAAGUAUAGCCAUUAAUCAUACCCCAUUGUUUAAUGUGUCGGCUCUCAUCCCUUUUAUUUCUCAAGGAAUCAUAUUAGCACUUUUACCACUGAAGACAAAAACUGUUGGAAUACAAAUACAUACAUGCUUUUGUUCAGAGGAAAGCUGUGAUUUUUUUUAUUUUUUUGUUUUUUUUAUUUUUGGUUUGUUUUUUAUAGAAAUGGGUGUUUAUUUCUAGGGGCAUUUUUUUAUAUAUCGUGGGAUGGGAGGGUUAUUAGCAUGAAUUGUUCUAGCAGUGCUAUUGACAUGGAUGCCAUACCAAUUUUUGUGCUGUGGAGCCUUGGGUGUAAGGACAGGGCUUCUUUGUAUUCAAAGUGUAUUUAAGUAUUAUGUUAGGUUGAUUUUCAUUUCUUUUUUUUUUUUUGGAAUAGCUGCAUUUGGAAUUCUACCUCUCAAAUUAGAAAUUUGAUGCCUAAAGGACAAAAAUGCAACCUUCCCUUUCAAGGUCUUGCUUGGAGAACCAUCCAAGUUGUUGACUGUUAAACUCAUGCAAAUCUGAAUUUUUGGACCUGAAUCUGUUUAUUUUUUUAUUUUUAAUGUUAGCCAUGAAAUCAGGAAUCUCACAGCCUGAGGAGACUUGUGAAUCUGAUCACCAUUUUUCUUUCCCCCAAUCCGACAUGCAAUCUUUGCUGUGCCCGUGAAUGGAGCAGGAAGACGCCUGUGUCUUCCUUCCAUGUCUCCUGCUCCUAUCCAGCAUACACGGGACCCAGCUAUUGGCCACCGUCCCUUCACAGAGAACUGCUGAUUCUGCACUAGUCUCUGGGCUCAAAAAAUGCUGCACUCCAAACUUGUCCCAUAAGUUUUUAUAAAAUGGAAAAAAAAAAAAAAAGUGGCAUAAAGAACACAAUUGACCUUAAUAUACCUCAUAUCUGUAUACACGACAAAACCAGGGACGUGUUUCAUGUAGCCUAUAUAGUAGUAAUAUUGUAGUGUACAUCAGCCAUAUUGUAGAACCAUUUAAUGCCACCUGUGUUUACGAUUAUCGUUCAUGUUGGUCUGUUGAAAUAGUUUUUUUUUUUUUUUUUUUCCCGCCUGUUAAGCAGUUUUGCCAAGCAGUGUUUCCUUGUAGAUCUCUUCCCCUUAGGAUUUCUUGAAUUUUGUUCCCUGUUUGCUUUCCCCCCCUUUGUUUUUGUUACUUGCCCUGUGUUUUGAUAUGAUCUCUAGAAAGAAUUUGUUUACAAUAAUGUACAAAACACUAAAGCUGUGUUUUUGUUUUCCCUGUUUGAUUUUGUUGUCUGAUGCAUGAUAUGAAGUUUUUGUAUGGCUUUUUUUUCUGAUCACAAUUGCACCAUUUUUGUGUCCUCAUCUUCAAGCUUUUUUGUGACUCUACAGGGCUAAACAUGUCAGAUGACUUUAUAUAUGAUUAGAUAAGCCAAUAAAACCUUUUGUUAUGAAA